GGCCGUUGUUCCCUGCACGGAUGUCCAACAUUAAUAAUAUAGUACUAGGGAUCAAGUGGGAUGGAAGAUUCCAUCACAAACUAGUCAUGAUGCAUAAUGGGGCUUGGCAAAUAGCGAAUUACUGCUAAAUAUUAUGACUACUCAGUCAAGGUCGUCCUCCAGCUUACUCCUAGUUCCUGCGCGUAGAUACUGCCUCAGGAAUGCCCUUCCGAGAAAGAAAAACAAUGACCAUGUGCGUUUGCGACUUCCUUUCCUACCAGGCUCCCCUCAACACCUGAUGAGAGACUCGCCCCGAGAUGUCAGGUCCAGGCCAUGCAUGGGUCCGAAGAGUGAAGAAGGAAGAUGAGGAAGAAGACCCCCUGGACCAGCUGAUCUCCCGUUCUGGCUGUGCUGCUUCCCACUUUGCCGUGCAGGAGUGCAUGGCCCAGCACCAGGACUGGAGACAGUGCCAGCCGCAGGUGCAGGCCUUCAGGAACUGCAUGAACGCACACCAGAGCAAGCGGCGGGAGGAGCUUCAGAGAAGGAAAGAGCAAACUAGCACCCCGCACUGAGACUUCAGGCCAUCUCUGCUAGAAACUAGCACCCAGUAAAAUCAGCAGGACGAAGAAACACUAACAGUGGAAGUGUGAGCCAAGAAACAGAAGACUUAGGGAGAGUCUUGUGACAUGUGUAUUGAUAACCGAGCAGCUGUGGGUUUGGACAUGAGUGAACGAAAGAGCUGCCCUGUAUUUAUGGCAAGAGCAAACACAUCCUCGCCCUUCGUAUUUCCCUAAUUUUAAAUAUUAGGCAAUAUUUGUCAAGUAAAACGAGUAAAGGGAUGUUAUUCUACCUUGA